UGGAGGGUGAUUUCAUCAGGAAGGCAAGACACCCGCUGCGGUUUGCUCUAUUCAUGUGAUUGCAACAUCUUACGCUAGUGAGAACAGUGAUAGCCAUACAAGAGUCGCGACAAAUUAGCAUUUCGGGGUCUACGAUCCCUGUUGAUAAUCGGUGAAUUCUCCAUUCACGAUGUCUCUCGCCGACGAUUUGCCGGAGAUGGAUGGAGCAGACCUGCUCGGACUCCUCUUUGAAGACCAAGAUGUUGGGAACCAAGAUCCAUUAUUCACUAAUGGGGAUAUGCUUGACGACUGGCUGUCAGAACAAGAUGUGCUGAACGCCAUGGACACGGAGGACUUCCUCAGCAGCCUGCUGGGCACGGAGGUGACCGCCGACGCCUCGUCCUGCCUCUCACACUCGCCCCGCGGCAGCGACAGCGGCAUCUCCGACGACAGCGGCGGCUGCGGAGGCGCCGGUGCCAACUUCGUCUGCCCCAGCCCCCAGAGCAGCGACACGGAGCCGGCCUGCAGCCCCGUCUGUAUGGACGACUCGCCCGAGGCCCAGCCCGAGACCCCCGAGGUGCUGGCCGUCCAGUCGGACCACAGCUACUCCCUCAUGCAGAACGACGGCAGUAUGCUCGAGAGCGUCAGGUCCGAAAGACCGGACUCUGAUGUCUUCAUCGAUCUCGAUGACCUGGAGGAGGCCAUGGUUGGAGACGACUGUUCUGAUGAGCUUGACUGUUCCGAUGAGCUUCCCUGCUCUCUCACCAUCGAGGAUUCAAUGUAUCAGAGUAACUCCCCAGACCAGUUCCAGUUCAAGGAGAUGGUUCUUACUGAUGAAGAGCGAAGGCUUCUUGCAAAAGAAGGCGCUACCAUACCGACCAACAUGCCUCUCACAAAGGCUGAGGAGCGAACGCUGAAACGUGUGAGGAGAAAGAUCCGGAACAAGCAGUCUGCUCAGGAGAGCCGCAAGAAGAAGAAGGCCUAUGUGGAUGGUCUUGAGAACAGGGUUGCAGUAUGCACUGCCCACAACCAGGAACUACAGAAGAAAGUCCAGCUCUUGCAGAAGCAAAACAUAUCUUUAAUUGAGCAGCUCAGAAAACUUCAGGCCAUCGUGAAACUCUCCACAAUGAAGACCACCACAACCAGCACCUGUGUUAUGGUGUUCCUGCUGUCCUUCUGUUUGAUUAUAUUCCCAUCUGUCAAUCCAUUUGGCAGCAAUCAGCAAAAGGGAGAGCCAUAUACUCCUUCACAUGUGUUUUCGAGGAACAUUCGCUCCCUGGACGCGUCAGCCGAGCUGCCGCUGGAGGUGGAGGAGGUGGACGUGGGAACGCCGUUGGUGGAGAACGCCAUCCUCUCCAAACACAACCAGACGCCGGGCGUGCAGACGGUGGAGCAGCCCGACUCGGAGACCGGCGUCAACAGCAACUCGUCGUCAGACUUCCCCAACACCGCUGCCCAACAGGAGAUGAAGCCGAGCGCCAACCGGGCCACCGAGGGCCACUGGGACGCUGCCCCCGCGCCCGUGGUUUACGAAGGCAUCAACGCCAAGGAGAACUGGAUCGACCCCAAACCGACUUCGGUCAUUUUACAGCAACACCGCUCCGACGAGAUGUAGGCUUGAAAGGGAUAUUUUUGUUUUUCUUUCCUUCUUUUUUAAAUUCAGGGAUAUUACUCUCUGAAGGGCCUCAUAAAAGACCCUUAUCUUGACCUCUGUUCUUAGUGUCCUAUGGGCAACUUGUGCAAUUCCUGUUAUUUGUAAGCCUUGAUAUAUGUUUAUAAAUGUCAUUGAUUAACAAGAUGAGAUUUCACACAGGGCCCUUCAAAUGAACUGUCAUAUUUUUUUUUUGUUUACAUUUUUUUCAAAUGUAGAAAGUGUAUGUUUUGUUGGCCAGUAAAACAGCACUUUGUCCUUGUACGUUGCUACUGAGCUUUUGACUGCACUUUCCUCAUGCACCUUCAAAGCUACUUCCUGUGUAACAGGCCAUGUCAUGCCAUGUCACGCAAAGAGAAACGUAAAGUUUGUCCCUCAGUGCUCACGUUUGAUAAGUGAUGGGCAUGAACUCAAGUGCUCACAUAAAGCCAUUGCUGGGCAGUUGGCCAUUAGUCGUAUUCAUUUCCCUUGUAACAAGGGUGUCCAUGCUUGUAGUUUUCCUAAAGGUUACUUAACCUCCUUAGAUGUUUGCAGAUGCCAUUGGCUUAAUUUGCUCUUAAAUAACGAAGGACUGUCCACCCCCCACUCCUUUGAUUUUUUAUUUUUAUUUUAUUUCUGUUCUGUUCUGUAAUUUAUUUUAUUUUUUGCUUACUUUAUGCUUCACUGUAAAUAUGAUUUUGCAACCAUUUCUGCUAGCACGUUGGCUUGCAAUCAACUUUCAAAUGGUUGUGGGUUUGGAUGUACCCAGUAUUUGUUAUAUUGGUUCCUGAAAAUGUAAUGACCUGCCUAGUCAGUGAUGCAUUUCGUCAUCUGUAAUUUUUAUGUAUUUUAUUUGUGCUCAUAAAGGUACAAAGUUAUGGGAUCUUUAAUAUUUUCACCUGUUCAUGAUGGUGUAAGGAAAGAUAAAUGUUAUAAAGUAGCACUGAUGUAUCCUAGCAUAGACUGUGAAUGUGUACACCUUUCUUCAGAUCAUGUUACUGAAAUUACUCAAUUAAAAUGAAUGUUUUAUUAAAAAGGUCUUAAAGCUUGA